AUGUGCAUUCUAAUAGCACCUCCGUCUGUGAAAAUGUCUCAACGAAAAUGCUGUAAAUUGAUGAGUUUCGCACAGCCUAGACCAGGCCUCACCCAUACGUACUCAGCAAAAUUCAGGCUACCCAGCCCAGGAAGUACAAUGCGCUUGAGCACAAUACUUUUCAUCACAGCUAUUACAAUUUCCAGCGCCUUACAGCUACCGCCCAACACAAUGUCGGAGCAAGGAGCUCAGAAAAUCGAGCCCGCAAUCAACAAACACCUUUCAGACACAUCAAGUUUUAACGAGUUCGAACUUCCACGUGCACACUUUAGUGCAAUUUUUAAUUUUCUGAAGAAAUUCGCUGCGAAGUAA